AUGGCUAGUGGAGCACCAGGAGGAAAUUUUAGGACUUGGACACCAACACCACCAGAAAGAGGUUCAUUUCCAUUAGAUCAUGAUGGAGAAUGUAAAGAACAAAUGUUAAAAUAUCUAAAAUGUAUGAAAUUUACUGAAAAUAAAAAUGCUCCAAAUUGUAGAAUAUUAGCUAAAGAUUAUUUGAAAUGUAGGAUGGAUAAUCAAUUAAUGGAAAAAAGUGAAUGGGAUACUUUAGGUUUAGUUAAUUUACCUGGUGAUAAAGAAACUAAAAUAAAGACAACAGAUCAGAAGGUAAAUGAAUAG